UGUGAUAAACUUAUUAAAUAGAUUAGUUGAUGACAUGACAGAAGAAAUGGAUGACAAUAGAAAUAACCAAACAGAAAUGGCCAGUAGCGAACCUGAGAACCCGUUUGCUAGUUUGUUCUUUGGCACAAUACCGGUGGCACCUAUCGAGAAAACAAGCGAUGAUAUCUCGAAUCAGCAAGUUUUGGAACCAAAUGAGGUGCAAUUAGCCGACGGUGUAGAUGAGCAGACAGGAACAAAAGAUGAUUAUCUGUUUGAUGAAAUGGUCCAAAGUGUGUUUCUCUUCACUGUUAACGAGUGUCAACAGACAACAACAGGCGAAACAGAUGUGAAGGUGCUGCUCAACCAGCUGAGGGAAAAACUGAGUCGGCAAUUGGGAGAUGACAAGGUGCUGUACAUAGAAGAGGGACAUCUGGAAGAGGCAAUCUUUGAGCGGCUGCUCUUACAAGACGCCAAUGAACAUAUCACACCUCCACUAGGAGUCAGCUCCUCCAAACAAGAGGAAGUCUGUGAAAAUGACGUCAUCACUUAUAUCUGCAGCUGUUACGGACGUCUGUGCAACUUUAAGCUACACACAACUAACACGUCUAUUUCGGCAACUCAGUUGUCAUCCUGGACUGAAAAUGUGAAGGAGAAGUUGUUCACUAAUUGUGUCACGUGUCUGUUAACUCCGCCUGAACUGUACAGUGGGCAGAAUUGUCAGCAGCAGUUUGUGGAUGUGUUCACGGGAAAGGUGACGUCAACGGCCAUGAAUGAAGAUGUGCUCAAUUGGUUUCUGGCGGAAUUUAUUGACUUUGCUCAAAAGUGUGACAUGUGCAGUCUCUCUGAACUGUUCUUCCCUAUCUUCAACACCAUCUCCUCCUCCCUCGCCCCCAUUGACGUGUCAGUGUCUCUCACCAUGCAACCUUUCGUAGACUUGAUUGUGGCUCUUCUAAGAGACGAACAGAUGUGUCUGUUGUUCAUGCAAUAUCAUCAGGAGCGAGACGCGUGGAGUGGUGGACUUCCAAACGUCUCUUCUCCAGUGGACUUCCAGACGUCUCUUCUGGGCAGAUUGUUGGAGAAGUCGACUCUUGUGGCAGCACACACAAAUGUAAACCUACUAGGCAACACUAACCUGGCUAUUUAUUUCUUCAGACCAAGUCAGUCGAGCAAAUCAGACAUUCAAAGGCAAGAACAGAAUCUGCAAGCGGCCAUGGAGAAAGUUACAACGUACGGCUACUCAGUCAUUGGCAGACUCCUUGCCCACAAAAGUUGUGCAUCGCGUUUCCACGCCUGGGUAGCCGACUGUAUUCGCGCCAACAGGGCCAGAGCUACGUUACAUGGAACCCAAGCUAGUGAUUCUGAGUUUGCAAGUGACGGGUUCUUUCUAAAUCUUGCAACUGUAUGCAUGAAAGUAGUGCACAAAUUCACUAAGCAGCAUCCCUGUUCAGAGAAAGUGUUGAAGGUAGACCCCUCCUACUGCAGAGCCCCCAUGCAUAUGAGUGAGGGGGAGAGGGACCUGUCAGGGGUGCACUUCUCCUUCCAGGAAGACACCUUCGUCACAAAGGCCCCCUCGCAGGAGGGAGACGAAGAGAGUUCGACAAACAAGCUGCCAGUGAAGUCGAGUUACGAGCCCCUCACAGAAAUGUUUUUCCUGGCACACAAAGUGUUCCACUUGGCUUUCUACAGGAUUAAUGCGAAAUUGCAGGACCUCCUUAAACACCUGCGUCGACUGGACCAGGCCAGACAGGCAAAUGCAAAUGCACAGAGUUGGAUCAACAAGUACGACCAGGCACUGGUACGAUUCUUUUCAAUCAGAGUGGCCCUGAAUGAGCCCAUGUUCACCACUCUGGCCAUUGACUUCCUCAAGACAUCCAGUGUGAUGCUGUGCCACUACGCACAGACGGACUCCAGAGACGAAGGGAGCAUUCUGAUGGCACCCCGAGUUGAACAAAGAACUCCAACAAGUGGACUGAGCCUUCUCAGUUGUUUUCCUGAAAUUGUGGUGGAGAAUAUCUCUGAGUUUAUUCUCUACAACAGGAGAUUCAACGAGGGAGAUAUCACGCCACCGGUGCUAGCUGAUUUCCAGGCGUUCUUCAUUAUGUUCAUGGCUCACAAAGAGAGGCUAACGAAUCCGCACUUGAGGGCCAAACUGGCAGAGUGUCUGGAACUGACUCUGGCCCACGAUGACUUCGAGUCCAGGCAGUCGGGUGGUAGGAGCAUUGCGAUCGGACGCAGUCUGGAUGCGAAGAAGGCGGAGGGAUUCCAGAGCAUCCCUUUGAAAGACAGUGUGGCAUACGCCAUUGUGAAGGUCUUUGUGGACAUUGAGCAGAGUGUGAGCGGAGAUGAGAUCCACUUUGAGCAGAAGUUUAUGUACCGCAAGCCCAUGAUGAAGAUGCUGGACAUCAUGUGGACCAUACCACACUUGAGAGCCACCAUGCAAAACAUGGCCAGGGAGGCAGUUGAGCAUAUAGAGGCGGCCAGUGUGCCUGUGUUUGUGCGCUUCAUCAACCUCCUCCUCAACGACUCCAUAUUCCUGUUAGACGAGGGCAUGCAGUACAUCACUCAGAUCAAAAACAUGGAAAGGGAGAGGGAGUCUGGAGAGUGGGCUCGUUUGGGACAGCUGGGAGGGAUGCAAAGGGAGGCGAAUUUGAGACAGCUGGUGCACAUGGCCAACUUCCACUGUGUGACGGCCACAGACAUCGUAAAUUCACUCACACUCAUCACACACUCCAUACAGGAUCUUUUCCUCCACUCCACCUUCGUGCACAGAGUGGCAUCCAUGUUGAAUUAUUUCCUGAACAAACUAGUGGGUAGUGAGAGGAACAACCUAGCCGUGAAGAGUGCACUUACAGGAACCCAAGUUCAAUUCAAGGCCAAGAAACUGGUCAAGGAUAUCUGCUAUAUCUACAAGAACCUAACUGAAACCAGUCCAUCGUCAUCAUCCGCAAUCACCGCUCCUCAUGAUUCCCUGGAGAAUAGUGAGAAUGCAAAGGUGUUGGCGGCUGCAAUUGUCCGAGAUGCGAGAUCCUAUUCCAGUGGUCUGUUCGUGAGUGCAGUGGAGGUGUUGUACAAGAUCAGCACCAGCAGAGAAGAGGUCGAGGGAGAGGUCACUCAACAACUCAUAGACUCCAUCCAUCAGCUAGGACAAUUGUGCAAGAGUGCGGAGAGUGAGUUGGAGGUGGAGGACGAUGACGUCACAGAUGCUCCCGAGGAGUUCCUGGAUCCCAUCAUGAGUGUGCUGAUGCUGGACCCAGUCACUCUUCCUUCCAGUGGAACCACUUUAGACAGAGGUACAAUUGCGAGGCAUCUUCUGACAGACCAGACUGAUCCUUUCAACCGACAGCCAUUAACCAUGGAACAGGUGCAACCAAACAAGGAGCUCAAAGAGAAAAUAGAAGAGUGGCUCAAGCUCAGAAGAAACAACAGAAUGACUAAAGAGACAUCUAACAUUAACGAAAAACCACAGCUAAACACAGAAACAGAAAGUGACAUGGCUAAUUUGAUAAGCAUCAAGAAGAGCGAACCAGCAGAGAAGAAAAUUAAUCUCGAUGAAGGAGCGAGUAACUCUGGAGAAGAAGGAUCUUCAGCUGAUCAGAACUCGAACUUGACUAUUGACUAUUCCCCGCUGGAUAAUUUAGAUUAGACGUAAACUUAGCAAAAAAUAUAAUAUGUUUUUAUUAAUUUAUCAAGCAAAUUGUGUCUUAUUAUAUAUGGGACAGUUUUAGUAUAUUUAU